GGGAAUGUGAAAUUUGAAGUGUCAAAUUUGACGUUGCAUGCGGCAGUUUUGUAUCCACGUGCGUGUUUGGGGUGCUCCUUGGCUGUGUUAUAUUCGGGAAAGGACUGUAAAUACUCGAGUUAAAGAUGCAGAACGACGAUGUCGUGUGGAGUAUUAUCAACAAAUCAUUUUGUUCAUACAAAGUAAAAACAGAAACACAAAACUUCUGUCGAAACGAAUACAACUUAACGGGCUUGUGCAACCGUUCCACAUGUCCUCUAGCCAAUAGCCAAUAUGCCACAGUUCGCGAAGAAAAGGGUAUCAUCUAUUUGUACAUGAAAACCGCCGAAAGAUCACAUUUUCUUGGAAAGCUUUGGGAAAAAGUAAAAUUGUCACGAAAUUUCGAAAAGGCAAUCCAACAAAUCAACGAGAACCUUGUCUUCUGGAACAAAUACGUCAUAGCAAAAUGCAAACAAAGGUUCAUAAAAAUCACACAAUAUCUCAUACGAAUGCGUAAACUGAAAUUACGCAGACAGAAACUCAUUGUGCCCUUAUCACGUAAAAUUGAACGUCGUGAAAUUCGUAGAGAACAAAAGGCCCUCGUUGCUGCUAAAAUAGAUAAUGCAAUUGAAAAGGAAUUGUUAGAACGUCUGAAGAAGGGAACAUAUCAAGAUAUUUACAAUUUCCCACAAACGGCAUUCAAUAAAGCUCUGGAAGCGGAAGAAGUCGAAGACGAUGAGGAAGCUGAGGCGGAGGAAGAUGAUGAUCUUGAAACGGAGCGCGAAAUGGAAUUGGAUGAAGACGUAAGGCAAGAGUUGAAUAUGGUCGAUGAGUACGUUGAAGCGGAUUCGGACAUGGAAGAUGAAGAGGAAGACGAAGAUUUGGAUGAGGAUGACGAUGUGGAAUUCGAUUCAGAGGAUGAGGAGAGUGAUUCUGGACAAAGAGAGGAAGUUGAGGUCGGCAGUGAUUUCGAAUCAGAUGAGGGUUCUGAUAUUGAGGAUGCUGGUGCAACAGUGACAAAAAGUUCGAAGAAGGACGCGAGUGGCAAAGAAGCGAAACCAGGCACAAGUGCAUCCACCUCCAAAUCGCCCAAGAAACCAACGAAACCGCGAAGAAAAUUACGGAAACCGAAAGUUGAGAUUGAAUAUGAAGUGGAGACUGAGGCCAAUUCAACACGGCAAAGUGUCCAUCACUGAGGAGAUUCCCAUUGAGCACGGGGCACUCAGGUGCAUCUUCUACACCGGCCCCUUCAGGGAUCUCCGCGGUACAGACAGGGUGGCUCCGGAGGAUGCGGUGGCCUGCCCGGAGUCGAACGUCAGAUCGCUGGCGUACCGGCGCUCGUCCUUGCCAAGGUGAGUAGACGCUUCAAGCUCGACCAGUUAUUUUGGUGAUGGCACGCACGCUUUUAAUUUUCUCCGGGUCCCGGAAUGGAAUUCGAGAAUUGCUUCUCGGACGUACAGACACGGCUGGAAUGCUAAGACACUGGAGACUACGAAAUUGGAAUGUUACCGCUAAGUUGUAAAUAAAGAAUUGAAACUGUAAAUAGA